AUGAGUCCGGCGAAUAUGGCGACGUUUUGGGCGCGCAGUGUCUCGAGUGAAGUUGAUUCUGUGAAAUCGACCUUCUCGAGUUGGGACAAGUGUAUGUCAAAGGCAUACUGCAAAUGGCCCGUUAUCGUCGCCAUCAUCAUCGGCUCCGUCAUUGUCAUCUGUAUUCUAGGAUGCAUCAUCAAUUGUCUCUGCUGUGGCUAUCAAUGCUGUAAAUGCUGCUGCGGAUGCUGUUGUCCCUCUGGUCGGCGCAAAAAUAAGCAACCAAAGUACUACGACGAGCCAACCCCUUACAACCAACAACCCCCUCCUCCACAACCAAACCCUCAUACCGCAUAUACACCCUCCCCCGCACCCCCCGUCUACCGCGGCGCCGUUCAAACGGCAACCUUCGAUAACCCCAAAUCCCCCGGCGCAAAGAUCGACGAGGAUGCCCUCCCAGCUAUGCCCACAUGGGCCGCGGCCGUCGAUAAACAUGUCGAGGACCCAUCACACCACGACGACGUGGAAAUGGAACCUCUAAACCCGCACACCCAUCCGGAUAGGAAACAAGGUGCCUCGCCUCUGCACGUCGCAACCUCCUUCUCGGAUUACCCAUCAGACCGUACCGCAUCCGCCCCCGGAUACAGGGGGUUCACACCAACGGAUCCCUACGCGCGUCGCUCCCCAGGUCCAGCGGCUGCCCUCGCCGCAGCGCAAGACCCAUAUGGGCGCCGUUCACCCGGCAUGCCAGCCCCCGCCCACGCCGCGCAAGACCCCUACGCGCGCCGCUCCCCAGGACCCCAGGCCAUGAUGGACCCCUAUGGCCGUCGCUCGCCGGGUCCAGCAGCUGCCUACGGCGCCGCGCAAGACCCCUACGCCCGCCGUUCACCGGGCCUUGCAUCCCCCGUCGGCGCACCAUCCCCCUACGACCAACACAACUAUAACCAGCAAGGCUACGACCACCAGCAGCAACAGUCGUAUGACGAAUACCACAACGGCGCCGGUGCUGGCGGCUACCACGCCGUUACUUCCCAAUCGCCGGUAUCAUCUUACCAACAACACAACACGACCUACAACGCCAUGCCGGCAUCGUACUCGCCUUCCUCCGAGCAUGCGCAUACCACCCGCGCAGGUGCGGGCUUCCAGCGUCAACCCUCCUUCGGAUCGAGCCAGUACCCGCCAACGUAUACCUCGCACCCAGCCUCUCCACCACCCCCGUUCCAGUCCACCGCGGGCUCGGAGUAUGGGGCCCAUGAGUAUGCGGCUGGUGUCGGUGUCGCGGUUGGUGGUGAGCCUGGAAGGGAGAGGCCGCCCAGUUUGUUGCAGAGUGGGAGGAGGCCUGCGCCGGGGACGUAUAGGGAUGUUUAG